UUACCUGUCCUCCCAUCAUGAUACAUUAUAUAUGUAGUCUUUCCUGCCUGAUGUAAUUGCAUACUUUGUCCAUCUUCUGGUUGUUUUUGGUGUUUUUUUUUUUAAAUAUGGCCUACCAUGGCUAUAGAAAUCUUUGUUACAAAAAAACAAAAUCUGCUUGGAGCAGCAGUCUGUGGACUUUUUGGCUGACAUGUUUUCUGGAGACUGAUAUGUGUGUUUGUGUUGCGUUCCCACUCUACAAUUUUCUUCCCCCAUCCAGAUUAGCAAGGCAUCUACAAAAAGAGGCGCAGUCUCAGCACAACAACUCGGAAUUCACAGAAGAUCAAAAGAAAACUAUAGCUAAAAUUGCAACAUGCUUGGAACUGAGAAGUGCAGCUUUACAGUCUGCUCAAUCACAGGAUGAAUUUAAGCUUGAGGAUCUGAAGAAGUUGGAACCAAUCUUAAAGAAUAUCCUCACUUACAAUAAGGAGUUCCCCUUUGAUGUUCAGCCUGUCCCACUCAGGAAGAUUUUAGCACCUGGAGAAGAGGAACACUUAGAGUUUGAGGAGGAUGAUGAGGAAGGAGGAGCUGGAGCAGGGUCUCCAGACUCUUUUCCUGCUAGAGUUCCAGGAGCCAAUGAAGGUACUUUAUUACCCAGAUUGCCAUCUGAACCCGGGAUGACAUUACUCACCAUCAACAUAGAGAAAAUUGGUCUGAAAGAUGCUGGGCAGUGCAUUGAUCCUUACAUCACAGUCAGUGUAAAGGAUUUGAAUGGGAUAGAUCUGACUCCUGUGCAAGAUACUCCUGUGGCUUUGAGGAAGGAGGAUACAUAUGUCCAUUUUAAUGUGGACAUUGAGAUUCAGAAACACAUUGAAAAACUAACAAAAGGUGCAGCUAUUUUCUUUGAAUUCAAACACUACAAGCCUAAGAAAAGGUUUACUAGCACCAAGUGCUUUGCUUUCAUGGAGAUGGAUGAAAUUAAACCUGGGGCAAUUGUUAUAGAACUGUACAAAAAACCCACUGACUUUAAAAGGAAGAAAUUGCAACUGUUGACCAAGAAACCACUUUACCUUCACCUCCAUCAAACAUUGCACAAGGAAUGACCCUAGUUGUGAGACUUCUGUGAACUGAACCACAAGUCGCGGUAGCUGUGUGUAGUAGCCUUAGCCUUCAAGGGGCAGGAACACAACUGUAUUCAUGCCAGUAGGUCAGCCGGGACCAUCACACACUGCACAGCACUACUUCAGGGUCAGAGGCAAGCCUACCACCCGCAUGCAAGAUUUUUUUCAGUACCUUCCACAUGCAGGUUUUUCUGAGAGCCCUGAAAUACGUUGACUGCUUUUUCCUAAUUUUGCUGUUCAUCACCUUUUAUCUUAACCGUUAUUAUCCUUUUGCCUCAAACUCCACCCAAGGUUGGAGACUUGCCCCUUUGCCGAACCUGUAGCAAUAAAGAUGUGGCAGGCCUACUAACUGUUUACACUUGCUGUGCUAUUGUAGUUCCUCUCAUCUGCAUUUUGGAGUCCUCUGCAGCGGGCUGGGUGGCAAUAGACUGUGAGGAAGAUGUGGGGGUCCGGAAGGAGCUUGAGGUACUGCAGUGAUUUGAAGUGAGGGAGAGGCAGGUGCUGGGUCAAGCGGGGUGGCCACAGAAGGGUUCCUCAGCUGGUCUGCUUUGGUCAGGCCAGGAGGAAGACAACUGCAGAUGAGAACACUGAACUAUGAUUUUAACAGCCUUGUCUCAUUCAUUCCUACUGAGUUUUGGAUACAUGUUACAACCCUUUAAAUCACCAUCACUCCCUAAUAGAGAUAAUUUUUCUGUAUCUUGUCACAGAGUGAUUUGCAAAGGUGGGCAGGGGAGGGAGAGGGGCUUUCUCCAAUGCUUCAUCGUGGUGGUGGUGGGUGUUGCACCAUGUCAGUGACAGCAGGACAGGCCCUUCAGUGUUCAAGUGUCAGUUUUCCAGAGCUUUUGGUAAAGUAGAUCUGGCUAGCAGGUUGACCCACCUUUUACAUGAAACUGCUGUUCUUACGGAAACUGAUUGUAUGCAGUUUUCUGCAUAUUUUGUGCAAGUCUGGAAACUUACUCUAAAAAUUACCUUUUUAUGUAAGUAGAUAGGAUUAUCAUUUAUUUUCUAUAUUUUUGAUUUGGUGUGUAAUAAGCUGCAGGACAUUGGCUUAUUAUGACACACUUGCAUUCACCUUUUGACCAAAUAAAGGGACAGAAGUAGAACCCAGUCAAAUCUUUCCUAUGUUUGUGUGGAUAUUUAAUAUAAUACUUUAAGGUUUUAUAUACUUCUUUCAUAUCUAACUAGUGCCUAAAUACUCUGCUAUGCUAACAGAAGACCCAGUUCACAAAAUAGUGCCAAAUAGUAGGUUUAUUUUAAACAGUCUUGAUGCAGAUGUAUCAUCAAUUCCCUUUUUCUGUCAUGUAACCCCACAUUGUUACCAUGAGAAAAAGUAACAUCCAUUAAAGCAUAAUGUAUUUGUCUGGCUAGAGACAGGUGUUCAGCAUUUUUGGCUUUACCACACUGAUUAGGAUAAAAAGCUAUUUUUGAAUGUCCUUAUCUUCUUGCCUUCCCUCUGUUCUGAUGUAACUAGGGAUGAUAUUAUUUAGGUGUUAUGACAAAAGUCAGCAACUCUUCCUCACAUUCCACUGUUGGUUGGAAGGGGGGGGAAAAAAGUGCAAUUGAAUUUUCCUGUGUGCAGGUCUUUACCCAUGGUAUUACAUCUGAUACACUGAAUAUCAAGCCCUGAAGAUUUCCCUAGGUAUUCUGGAAAUACCACUGAAUGCAGCAUUCAGGGUACCAGAUGAAAGGACGAUACAUGCAUUCUUAAAAAAAUUAAAAAAUCAUCCUUUGGACUCUCUAAGAGGAUAAAGCACAGCAUGGGUCUGUGGUUGCAACUAAAUCCAAGCUCGGUCAGUUGCCGUGUUACUGCCCAUGGUCCCUGGCUGGCUCUGCCCCCCGACCUCCUCGCAAGCCGCAGCAUAGAGCAUCACCGCAGGGCGGAUCCCGGGGCUCUGUCCCGGCUCUGCACCCUCCCGUGCCGGCUGCUGGCAGCGUGCAGGGCCGGUGAAAGCCACUGCCCUCAGGUGUGUCCCCGCACCCCACCCAGCUCUGGGGUGGGCAGGGGAGGAGACGCUAAACACAGCAAAGCUUGGUGCUGGGGUAGGAGAGCCGGAGCCUGCAGAACCCGCCUUUGAGAGCAACACGAAUGUCCAGCAGUGUGUCGUCAGCCACAACUCGCACUUGAACUACAGCCCCCCCUCUCCCUUUCAGCUGCUUCCCCUGACUCCCCACGUUGUAGCUGUCUGUAUUAACUCCAGUUAUAUGACAUGUCAACUUUGAAGUAUUUUUGUUAAAUACACAGUAGAGCUUUGUAUUUAACUAGUUGUGAAUUAAUGUCUGUAGAGUGUGAAAUACCAUUUUUAAAGUUGUUUCUAUCCUUUGUGUUUUUUGUGAACUGUCUUUCACUGAAAGGACUACUACUCCUCACAACAGAAGCUCUUGUAUUGUCUUACACUUUAGUGAUGUUCUGUCUUAUCUUUCAUCUUACAUCUAAAAGCUUAUACAUGUACUGUAAGAAUGUAACACCUAGACGGCAAGUCUAAUUGCUGCUUGUAAUUCAGCAGUAAAGCUGUAAUGGCCUUUCAGUAGGGGUUUUUAUUCUUCCUAGUCGUUUUCCCUUUUUUUCCCCCCUCCCUCAGACUUACCUUUACACAGAGUGCUUCUGAAAAACCUUAGUGUGUAGAUAAGUAAGGGGCUGCAGUGCCAAAUACUACAUGCUCACCCUUGUACUAAACACAUUCAGGGACUUUCUUGAACAUCUACAAACAGAGGGUGUUUGUAAAGCUGUUCCAUGUAUGCAAACAGAUUUAAAGCAAGAGAGGUUGAUAUGGUUUACAUGCACCUAUUCCACAUUAGGAAAAACUACUUUAAGUAAGAGAAAAGGCUGUAAAAAUACAACCUUACUGCUAAGUUGAAUUGGUCUUAAAUACUAAGAUGAAAAGUCAGCUCUCAAACCUUGCUUAACACUGCAAGCCAGUCUCAGAAGCAGAAAGCAAUUACAAAAUCUCAUAGUUUCUAGAAUUCUGGAGUGUUCACCUCUAUUUCCAAGCUACCUGCACAACUUCCUGGAGGUUUCCAGCUCGGUACUGCCCUCCAGCUGAGGAGGGCUGUCUCCCCCAUGGUCCUAGUUACGUGAAGCAGGCUCACAGCAUGCUGGGCUAGCUCAGCGUAAGGCUAACACCAUCAUUACCUUGCAACAGCAGCAGCAGUUUUUCAGCCUUGAUUUGGUUCUUGAACUUGGUCACAGCUGUGGUAUUCUCCAGCUAAAUUACUGAACGAAUGUCCUUUCUGAACAAAAAAUGGCACUGAAACAAAGCCUUCAGGGUUUAGCAAAAGGAAUUUUGCUUUUUAUUAUAACCUUCCUUUGAAUACAGUGUCAUUUGUGCUUCUGAUCUCUGACCAGGCAUCUUUUUUAAAAAAACAAAC